AGUGCUAAGUUCGAUAUGUGCCAGUCAAUAUUCAGCGUGCAGUUACUGUUAUUUCUGCUCUUGGUAUUUUGUGGUACUGGGUCAGCAGCACCUGCCGGACCAGAGAAACUGACUGCACGGGAUAGCAAGAUGCUGCAGGAAUUAUCAGAGAUGAAGAAAAAUGCCCUGCUGACUGUGCUAGCUACAUUGUUUGAUUGGACAUCACAGGAAGAGGAUGUGUCUGUUGUGACUCACGAGGAACCUGAUCAGGUCUACAGGCAGCAGAGGUCCAUGUAUAAUGCACUUCCCACCAGAGACAAAGGCGGCUGCAAAAACUUCUUCUGGAAGACAUUUUCCACGUGCUGAUGUCCUGUGUCACCUAUCACUGUUGCAUGUCAGUGCCCUUAUGUAGCUCAUAGUAACAUAGAAUAAGUAGUAAAUCACUUCCAUGUACUAAAGUAACAUAAUUCUGCACAUAGACAGCCUUCAAUCAGCGUCUACAAUCUGAAAUGAAGAGGGAGUUUCCUCAUUUUCUAUCAUGUUUGCAAUAUUGCUGAGAAUCAGUGUGAAAUGUUAAGAAGGGUUAGAUUUCACAUUAGAUAAUAUAGGGGCACAUUGUUUACAAGCAUUAAAACUUUGCAAUAGAUUGUC